CCGCAAAGCUGUGUGCCGUAUUACAGUCGGUGUUGUUGUGAGGAGCUGCACUGAAACAAGGAUGUGGAUAUUCAAGUUCAAUAUUUUCGCCUUUUUAUUACUUUUUGUGGGUCAGUAUAAGGCAUUUGCGCUUCAGGAUGUAACGGGCGACCUUUUCGGUGCCGAAAAUUUUGGGAAGGUGGCGGCGUUUGGAGAUUUCUACGCGGAUAAGCAGACAGACAUCUUCAUUAUCAGAGAGCAGUCUGAACUGGUGAUAUUCUUGGCUGACUCGAAAACACCUUACUUCAAGCCCAAACUUAAUCUCACAAAGGACAUUUUCCCAAGUGAAACCGUCAUCACCGGCGUGGUUCCUGGGGACUAUGAUGGAGACUCUCAGAUGGAUGUCCUUCUUACAACCCAGAUCCAGCGCUCCAGUGCGACGACGGUUUUCAUAUUUUGGGGGAACAACCAGACAUUAGAUAAGAGUGGGUGGCUCAUGCUGAACAAGACCUUUACAGAUCAACCUCUUGUUAUGGAUUUCAAUGGGGAUAUGGUCCCAGACAUCUUUGGAGUCACCAACCCCCCCAUGACUGAAGUGUGCUAUCUCACCACCAGGAUUCCAGAUUGGAGGACUGCACUGAGUUCAUCUGUCAACAUGCGCACCCCUCACUCUAAUGCUUUCAUUGACCUCAACAAGGACUUCACUGCUGAUUUGUUCCUGACAACUGAGACAACUGAUGGGCCUAAGUUUGAGACCUGGAUUAGCAAGGAUGGGAACUUCACCAAAGUUGAGAAUAUCAUGCUAGCAGAUCCACCUGCCAAGACUGUCGGGCAGUCCUCCUUUGUCGACUUUGAUGGUGAUGGCUACCAGGACCACCUCCUCCCCGUGUGUUUAGAUGUUGCCUGUCAAAGCAGUGCCAUCUACCUGGCCAAGUCAGGCUCAAAAGAGUGGGUGACAGUACUGUCGGAUUUCAAGUGGAAGGAGACAGUUUGGAGCUUUGUGCCAGGGAAUUCCAACCAACCCCUGGCCCUGCACUUUGGGGACUACAACCUGGAUGGCUUCCCCGAUGCCCUGGUGGUCCUCCGCAACACCAGCGGCAGUGGUCAGCGGGCCUUUCUGUUGGAGAACGUGCCCUGUAACAACCCCAGUUGCCAUAGUGUAGGAAGGAUGUUUCACAUCCACUGGGACCAGUCAGAUUUGGGAGCCAUCCAAAAUGCCAUCAUGGCAACAUUCUUUGACAUCUAUGAGGACGGUAUAUUAGACAUGCUGGUUCUAAGCCAGGCAGAGGGCAAAAAUGACUUGAUCAUCCACGCUUUGAAGAACAAUUUUGAAGCUGAUGCCUACUUCGUUAAAGUGAUGGUGCUCAGCGGCCUCUCAGACGAUGUCAAGCCUUUUGGUGUUAACCAGCCAGGGCCCUAUGUCAUGUACACCACAACAGACUCCAAUGGCUACCUGAAAAACGCCUCAGCUGGUCAGCUGAGCCAGUCGGCUCACUUCUCCCUCCAGUUGCCCUACACUGUGCUGGGCCUCGGACGCAGCGCCAACUUCCUGGACCACCUUUUCGUCGGCAUCCCCCGGCAGCCUGGAGAGACGGAAAUAAGGAAGCAGGAGUGGACGGCCAUCAUUCCCAACUCCCAGCUCAUUGUCAUCCCCUUCCCCCACAAUAAGCCCCGCAGUUGGAGCGCUAAGUUGUACCUGACUCCUAGCAACAGCGUGUUGCUGACAGCCAUCGCACUGAUCGGAGUGUGCAUCUUCAUCCUCGUCAUUAUUGGAAUCCUCCACUGGCAAGAGAAGAAAGCGGACGACCGAGAGAAGAGGCAGGAAGCCCACCGUUUCCAUUUCGAUGCCAUGUGAAGAAAGAAAACUGCAUCGUGGGAAAACAUCCUUUCCUGUGCUCCUCCUCCUCACCCUCCUUCUUCCCCCUUCACACACACACACUUUCACUCAGUCUCAUUUCAAGGGCCAAUAAAUGGAUCCUCAUUUGCCCUAAAACGUUUCUUUUUGAUAUUUUUCAGUCCUUCAGUCAGAUGUGAAAAAUUUAUGUUCCUUUUCAUUUAUUCAUUCCAGUGAUAGAUGUACAGGAGCUGCAACAAGGCCAUGGAGACACGCAGAAAUCCUAAUGGAGAUCACUCACAAGUUUAAAGCAGGGAUUUCUUUGGAGUGGCUGUAGUCAGCUACAUGAUCAUCUGUGGUGUUAUGAGAGUAUAUCAUUUUUGACAGAAUGACACAGAUUUCUGUUGAAUCGCCAACAAGUUACUCCAAUAUCAUAAACUGUUUGUUUUUACACUGGAAGGGAAGCACCUUUGACUCCGGGUGUUAAAUGUGUCAUUUUACUUGAAAUCCAUGUGUGUUACUGUCAAAUGUCUUCGUCCGGCUGAAUAACCUCUGUCUUUUUUAUUUGACUGAUAAAGUAAAGAAAUUCCUUAGCUUUUAUCACCUGUGAAAUGAAACUGAAUGGUAUUCUGUGAUAUCAGUCUCAGUCUUGCAACUGUAGCAGGAGCUGGUGCAAAGUGAACAAAAGCGGACACAUGCAACAUCAUGAGUCUGUGUAACAUUUUUCUGUUACCAAUCUCACCAAAAUGAUGAAUUGCCUACAGGUUGGCUGAGUGCAAAUUCGUCUUUUUCCCAGUUGAUCGUAUCACGGUGCAUCAUGAGAGUGCCAAAAAAGAGUUUCUAUGUUGCAUCCUGCAAAUUUUGAAUGCUACUGGCUCAGCAAAAUAGUCUAAUAACCUUUUAAUUUUGAACCGCUGAAUAAUGGCACAGUUUACUCCAGCUUGUUUCUACAUGUAGUUUUAAUUUUUGUUUUCUUUUUAAAUUAAUCCGGCCAAGCUCUUUGGUGUGUUUAGGUAUUUAUUUCACAAAACUGAGCUUAUGCCUUUCCAAGGGGUUUGCACUUUUUAACUCAUGAUUAACUCUGGGCGUGUGUAAUUUAUUUUGUUUUGUAAAUUUGAUUUGCAAAUGAAUGUUCAAGCUACUAAAUGUGUUUACUUACCGAGGUUGAGAAUAAAGAUGUGCUUGCGAAAUUCAA